AUGGCUCAUAAGUGUCAUUUGUGUCUUCUGGAACUGAUCAUUCUCUCUUCACUUCUCACGGGUACCAGUGGAGUGACUGAGACUCAUGUGUUCAUCAGUUCUGGUCAAAAUGUCAGUUUGCCCUGUAAUAAUGCUCUUCAUGACUGCACAUCAACUACAUGGAACUAUAACAGUCAUUCAGCAGCAGUUGAACUGAUCGCUGGAGGGAUAAUUAUGAAACAAAUCGAGAGUCAUGAGAGACUGAGUCUGGGGUCUGACUGCUCUCUGAACAUCAACAACAUCUCAAAAGAAGAUUAUGGAUCUUACAGCUGCAGACAAUAUGUGAAUGGACAACAAGGAACUGAUGCUCGUGUUUUUCUGCAUGUUCUUCAUGGUAAUUUUAAAAUCAUGUGGUCAUUUUAAAAGGGCAAAUUCUUGGUUUAAACUCCCAUGAUUUUUUGUGUUUUAGUCUCUUCAACAACCUCAUCCUCAUCCUCACAGACUGAGAUCAGUGCAGGUCUCUCUGUGACUCUCUUCUGUCAGCUGUAUUCAUAUCCUCGAGUCUCUUGUGAUGAUUGGAUCCGUUCUGAGAGAAUUCAGCUGUUCUUGGUGAAUCAGGCUGGUGUUAAUCUGACGAGAUCAGACUCCAGAUAUCAGAUAUCAUCCUCAUCAGAUCACUGUAUCAUCACUCUGAGUAUAACACUCCUGAAUGAAGAUCACAACAGAGAGUGGAGAUGUGAAGUUACUCAGAGAGAUCAAGUCAAGGCCUCAGUCACAUACACUGUCAAGAGUUCAGGUCAAGCUAAUUCAGUGACAGCAGUGAUUCCAGUCCACAUCACAAACUCUCAGUAUCCCUCAACGACCACCACACAUGUAACUAAAGGUACAUCAUCACUGUCUUUCUCACAUUAG